AGCCAGUUAGCUUAGCCCGCUAGCUAGCUAGCUUUGCUACAACCUCCUUUAAAACUUGACACUGACUGACUCCAGUCGGUGGUUCGGGCUUGUUACCGACAAGCCGCUGUCGCUAAAAGCCGCGUCGGAGCCAUGUCUGGACAGUCAACGGGCUGCGGGUUUCUGAUGUCGGUUGUAGUCCACGGAGACUCGGCUCUGAACGAGCAGGAAAAGGAGCUCAACCAGCGACUCCGACGACUCUAUCCAGCCGUUAAUGAAAUCGAGACCCCGCUUCCACGGUCCUGGAGCCCCAAGGACAAGUUCAGCUACAUCGGGCUGUCUCAGAACAAUCUCCGUGUGCACUAUAAAGGUCAUGGCAAAACCCCCAAGGAUGCAGCAUCUGUACGGGCCACUCACCCCAUCCCAGCCGCCUGCGGGGUCUACUACUUUGAGGUGAAGAUUAUCAGUAAAGGCCGUGAUGGGUACAUGGGAAUCGGCCUCUCAGCUCAGGGUGUAAACAUGAACAGACUCCCCGGUUGGGACAAGCACUCUUAUGGUUAUCACGGCGACGAUGGCCACUCCUUCUGCUCGUCUGGCACCGGACAGCCGUACGGACCCACGUUUACAACCGGCGAUGUGAUUGGCUGCUGCGUUAACCUCAUCAACAACACCUGCUUUUACACAAAAAAUGGGCACAGCCUAGGUAUUGCCUUCACGGACUUGCCACCCAACUUGUACCCGACCGUGGGCCUUCAGACUCCAGGGGAGGUGGUGGAUGCAAACUUUGGCCAGCAUCCGUUCGUGUUUGACAUUGAGGACUACAUGCGAGAGUGGAGGACGAAGAUUCAGGCUCAAGUCGACAGAUUCCCCACUGGAGAGCGUGAGGGCGAGUGGCAGUCCAUGAUCCAAAAGAUGGUGGCUUCGUACCUGGUGCACCACAGUUACUGCGCCACCGCUGAAGCCUUUGCCAAAUCCACCGACCAGGCCGUGCACGAGGAGCUUGCCUCCAUCAAAAACAGACAAAAGAUCCAGAAGCUGGUGUUGUCGGGUAGAAUGGGCGAAGCCAUCGAGACCACUCAGCAACUCUACCCCAACCUUCUGGAAAGAAAUUCAGACCUCCUCUUCAUGCUCAAGGUGAGACAGUUCAUAGAGAUGGUGAAUGGGACGGACAGUGAGGUGAGGUGUCUUGGUGGACGCAGCCCAAAGUCUCAGGACAGUUACCCCGGCUCCCCCCGGCCCUUCAGCAGCCCCAGCCACAAAGCCAGCGGCUCCCAGCCCUACCUCACAGGGCUCGACAGUAACUGCUGUAAUGGCGUGACGUCUAAUAAGAGCCACAGCUCCUCCCCUCACAGCCACAAGCCCAGCCCCCCCAGCGCUGGUUCUACCAUCCAGGGUUCUGACAUCAGCCUCAACGGGAGCCACAGCCAGCAGCCCAUCACCAGUAACGACGUGGACAUGGAGGUGGACCACUUCACUAACGGAGUGACAGAAUCGUCCUCCAAUGGUUUUCUGAACGGUACCUCUAAACACGCCACAGAACCCGACGACUGCGAUGCAGACAUGGAGGUGGAGUCGACUCAGUCCAAGAGGCAGCUGUGCGGCGGGAGCCAGGCGGCCAUUGAGAGAAUGAUCCAUUUCGGCAGGGAGCUCCAGAGUAUGAGCGAACACCUCCGCCGAGAAUGUGGCAAGAACUCUACCAACAAGAAGAUGUUGAAGGAUGCGUUCAGCCUGCUGGCCUACUCUGACCCCUGGACCAGCCCAGUGGGCUACCAGCUGGACGCCGUCCAGAGAGAACCGGUCUGCUCCACCCUCAACAGUGCAAUAUUAGAGACUCACAACCUUCCCAAGCAGCCCCCCCUGGCCCAGGCAGUGGGUCAGGCUGCCCAGUGCCUUGCCAUCAUGGCACGAACUGGCAUCGGCUCCUGCGCCUUCGCCUCUGUGGACGAUUACCUGCACUAACCAUAUGCCCCCCCCCCACACACACACACACACACGCAAGCAUGCACUCAGAGGGCUGGCCAGAAAUGUCUUCCUCCCCUCUUCCAUCCAUCUAGUCCUGUUAGCUGAGGAGAACAUCCUCCAUAGGACCAGUAGAGAGUUUCCAUCUCCGUCGCUGCUUGUUCUGCUUCUACAAACCAACAUGAACGCCACGGAGGGUCGGGAGUCAUUUCUGGGCAGAUCUUUGGCGUUCACACCACGUACAUUUAAAUACACAAACACCUGCAUAAAAAAAAAAAAAAGUUACGCCUUCCCCUCUGUUGUCCCAUCCUUCAGCCCCCCCGAGGCUGCUGCAUCCUCUUGACUGACAGCGAGGGAACGGCAGCAACUUGAAAACACUGAGCUGAACUCGUGGCCUCACGGCUGCAGCCCCUGCACGCGUGGGGGCAUCAAGGCAGGGUGGGCAGCUUGACAAAACCAAUAGUGAUCAAAUGUAAAUGGUGAGGGGGAGGGAGAUAAAAAAAUAUAUAUAACAAGACCUGUGGCCAUCACAGCUGACGAUGCUAACCUCAGUUAGCAUGGCUUCCCAGGAGAACAUGCACACAAACAUGGAGGCUGACACCUGCUGAGGACAGGCUCGAGACCCUCUUCACCGAGCGCUCGAACCGCAGCUAUCGACAGCGCUCCACCCCCCCCUGCACCAACUCCACCUCCCUCUGCCGACCAGAAUAUGGGCAGAUUCGCAUGUGGACUCGAUACUUGGAAGAAGCCGGACAGAAUCUGCAAGUCUCAACUUGACGUUCCCUGUUUUUAAUCUUUAGUUUAGUUUUUUUUUUUCUUCAGCAGAAUGAGGGGGGGUCGGAGGAGUUUACCCAGCGUUUUGUUUUGUUGAAUUUAAUUUUUUCAGGUUUACAAGGCAUGGUGCAGACAAUAAUGAUUAUUAUUCUAAUUAUCAUUACAUUAAUUAUUGUUGCAUUCACAGUAUAUUUGUUGAGCGCCAGCAACAGCAAGUUCCACCCACUUAUUAAUAAAGGUCCCAAUUCCACCGAUUACCAGUGACGAGCGUGUGUACAUGUUAACGUUUCUAUAAGAAUUUAACAAAAUGGAACUAUAUCAAUAGAGUGACCUAUUUAGUUAUCAAAAAACUAGGAAAUCAUAAAAAAAAUCUUUUAAAUGUUUGUACUGACACCAGCAACCCCUGAAAUGUGCUGGCUGUUCCCUUUUUCGUUGCCUUUUUGACUCCAGGGCUCCUAC